AUCAGACAAGAACAACAGGGCAACACCACAAUCUUUAUAACUUCCAACGACCGAAGAUACCUAAACGUAAGCUGUCCUGUUGUGUUGCUGCUGAUUUCCUACUGCUUUCUUUCUGCUUAAAAUCCAACUUGGGAGUCGGGACUCCAUUUCUCUCGGCCGAACUUUCUAAUUUUCCCGGACCCUCCAAGAGAAUAAAAAAAAAAAAAAAAAAAAAAGUCAAAUGUUCGAUACUUCGAUUAAAUUAGUAGCAACCCACCUCAAAUUCAAAGCUCAAACCUCGCACCUCUUUCCAAAUUUCGUCAAGAAAGUGUGGAUUUCUCAAGGCUCCAAUCUGUGAGGAAGUUUCUUGAAUUUCAAUGGAUCUCAGCUCCUCUCCAUCCCUUACCAUUCCUAUAGUAUCCACCCUUACUUCCCCUUUUGAAGGUUCACCCAAGGAGAAUGAUCCAAAAUCUCUAACCAGAAAACCUCUGAGUUUGUGGCCGGGAAUGUACCAUUCACCGGUCACAAAUGCUCUGUGGGAAACGAGGUCUAAAAUAUUUGAGAGACUUCUUGACCCUCCACUUGAUGCACCUCCACAAAGUGAAUUGCUUACUAGGACUCCAUCUUACAGCAGGACUGCUAUUCUUUACAACUUUUCCACUGAUUACAUAUUGAGGGAGCAGUAUAGAGAUCCAUGGAAUGAGGUCAGGAUUGGGAAAUUGCUAGAAGAUCUUGAUGCUCUUGCUGGCACCAUCUCAGUCAAGCAUUGUACAGAUGAUGACAGCAUGACUAGACCGCUUUUGCUUGUGACUGCUUCUGUUGAUAAAAUGGUGCUGAAGAAGCCAAUUAGUGUUGACAUUGAUCUGAAAAUGGCUGGUGCUGUUAUUUGGGUUGGCCGCUCCUCUAUAGAGAUUCAACUUGAAGUGACUCAGCCUACAGAUGGAAAAUCUGAUGCUGCAGAAUCUGUAGCUCUGACAGCCAACUUCAUUUUUGUUGCUCGUGACUAUAAGACACGGAAAGCCGCUCUAGUGAACCGACUAUCUCCAGAAACUGAAAAAGAAAAAAUGCUUUAUGAAGCAGCAGAAGCAAGAAAUCAACUUCGGAAAAGGAAGAGGGUGGUAGACAGAAAGGAGAUUCAGAAUGGUGAAUUUGGUAGACUUGAAGCACUCUUGGGUGAAGGACGGAUAUUUUGCGACAUGCCAGCAUUGGCAGAUCGUGACAGCAUUCUUCUCAGGGAUACUCGCCUUGAGAACUCUUUAAUUUGUCAGCCACAGCAAAGGAACAUUCAUGGUCGGAUCUUUGGGGGAUUCCUAAUGCACAGAGCUUUUGAAUUAGCAUUCUCAACAGCUUAUGCAUUUGCUGGUGUGAUGCCUUGCUUUCUGGAAGUUGAUCAUGUUGAUUUUCUUAGACCAGUGGAUGUUGGAGAUUUUCUGCGUUUCAAGUCUUGUGUAUUGUACACAGAGCUUCAGAACACAGAUCAGCCUUUGAUCAACAUUGAAGUUGUAGCUCAUGUUACAAGGCCGGAGCUGAGGUCUAGUGAGGUGUCAAACAGGUUCUACUUCACUUUCACUGUUCAUCCGGAGGCUAAGGCCAUGAAUGACAGGGUUAGGAUCAGGAAGGUGGUUCCAGCCACGGAGGAAGAGGCCCGCAGAAUCUUGGAGCACAUGGAUGCCGAUUCAUUUAAUCUAGUCUACAAAUCUUAAAAAUUUUACCAAGGACUGGUGGGUGCCUGGGUGGUUUAGGUUUAUCAGUGAAAUAACAUGGAUCAGUGCAAUUUCAUAGGACCCCUGCUUACUUUUCCUUGCUCAAAGAUACAUGUUAAAACUACUUCUGAUUAACAGCAUCCUAUCUUAUGCUUCUUUUCGUACAAUGUCAGUUUAAGAUUUACCAUCAGGCACACAAAUUAGAAAAUUUGAUGGUUUGAGUUCAACCUUAUGUUUCUUCUACAUCUCAAUAUGAUCUCGACAAAUUUGAGCCA